AUGUUCUCGAUAGCACACGACGAUCCUGAGAAUUCCCAGUGCCCAGACACAGACGUGAGGUCUCAAGUAUUUGAAUCGCCGAGGCUUCAGACGGUCGAUGACCUCGAACCAUUGCAAACGCCGUCACCAACGAAAAUUUCUUUCCCAGCAAGCUCCUGCGCGGUACCUUUGCUUCCUCCUUAUGCCCCGUCCCCCCUUUCCAUCCCUUCACCAGAUGACGCAAAAGCUAUUCUAACGCUCGAUGGCGGAGGCGUACGGGGUAUUUUUGCUCCUCUAUUUCUACGUGAGCUGCAAAAACACCUUCCGCCUGGAGUCGAUGUUCGCGAGCUUCUCGACCUAGUUGGCGGCACCAGCACGGGGGGUAUUGCUGCCAUGAUGUUUGCGCGGAUGGGUCUUCCACUCGAGAAAGUGAUUGAUACAUACCGUGCCAUGCCGAAGAAGCUGUUUGGAGGUAGGCGGCUGAAGAGCCUGUGGUGGUUGUUUACCAGUUCCCAGCACUCGACAAAGAAGCAAAGAAAGGUAUAUUCGCGCGCCGUUAAGGAAGUCCUCGGAGAUGCGGCUGCACCACUCAAGCCCGCCGCUCAAGAGUCCAAUUGUGCCUUGCAAGUCCCUGUCUUCACGGUGGCCGUCGACGCUGCUGACCUUUCACGGCCUACCGUGUUCUCAUCCUACACGCCUACCUUUCAAGACCGCUCGAAAAGUGCAGACUCUCUUCCAACGUCCGAAGUCCUGGAUGACGUUACAAUCGUAACCGCGGCGCUUGCGACCUCCGCCGCACCGACGUACUUCCAUCCCACGGUACAUGCCGGCCACUCUUAUAUCGACGGUGGGGUGGGAUUUAAUAAUCCAGCAGAACUCGCCCUAAAGCAGCUUACAACGCUCUAUGGGCCGACCGCAUAUGCGAACACUCUCAUCUCUAUCGGAACCGGGAGGCGCAACGAGAACCCGUAUCGUCCAGGGGCUCCACGGACUCGCUCUGGUAUUGCAGGAAUGAUCGAUAUGCUUCGUGCUUUUGCACACAUCAGUACAGAUGCAGAGGCCGUGCAUGCCCGUCUUGAAGAACGGUUUUCCCAAACAGGAGCGUAUUUCAGGUUCAAUCCCGUCGGUCUCGAGGACAUUGUCCUUGACGAUUGGACUGCUGUUGACGAUGCGAUCAAGGCUUCUUUGACGUACCUGGAGCUCUCUGAGACACAGAAACGGAUUGCAGAGCUAGCCGAGCGCCUUCUUCGAGCGCGAAGUUUAGCUCCUGAAUAA